UGAACCAUUUGCAUAUCGGUAGCUUGUUAGAAUUACGUCCUGUUACUGAAUUUGCCACAAUGUGUCAGGCAAAUUCUACCCAGAGGAAGAUAUCAGGUGAAGGUCAUUAGGUGCCAGAAAUAAAGAGCUGCAAGGACUCCUGGUUUGACCAUUUUGUCUGCUCAUUUAUUUGUGGAUGGGAAUUAAACAAAACGAUCGGAUUGGACUGUAAUCACCUUUGGAAUGAAAUGGGCAGUUGAGCUGAGCAAUAUACACAACAACUGUUUUACUGUUGAAUUUGAAAAAUCAUAGCAUCACAAGAGCAACGUUCCUGGUCUCCUUCCAUAUAACAUAGGCAUGAUUUAUGCUCUAUUUACACCUCAGUGACACAGUUACACAUAAACGUGGGGCUCGUCACUCUAACUCAGACCACCAAUUGUUUCACAAAGCAAUGGUAUAGUAUUCUGUACAACUAAAACAAUGUAAAAACUUCAUAAAUAGAAGCUGUCCGUUAAUUUUUUUUCAUACCUCCACACUAUUGUAUAGCUUUUCAGGAUUUGUUCCUGCAUUAUGCUAACUACAUGUAACUUUAAAUACUUUCUGUAACAUUGUUUCUUUUCUCUAGGUAUCAGUAGUCAAUCAACUGGAUAUGCAAGUUGUAGUAUCCAAUGUGCCACCAACUAUAGUGGAAGAGAAUAUAGAGCAACUCACUGGGAUCUUAGAGAGCUACAUUCAAGACCAGUAUCCAGGGGCAAAACUAAUUGUGGAAUCCAUUGGACCGCGACGAUUUGGAGAUGGAUUUGACCAAGAAGAAUACACAAAGUCUGACCUGAUGGUGUAUGCCAUCGAUCCUCUAACAAACAGGGCUAUUCCCCGGCAGGCUCUUUUUAAGCUUCUCGACGGAAAGCUUCCGGAUAUUAACAAGGAGUCUGAACCUUACUUGGGUGAAGAUGGCCGCAUAAUUGAAAUACGAAGUCCUGACAUUCUGGCUAGUGUGAAAAAGGCAGCGCAGGCAGUCGGCUACACAGAGGGGGCAUUGCUGGCUCUGGCGAUCGUUAUCUUCCUCUGCUGCAUUCCUGCAAUUCUCAUAGUCACGGUCACUUAUAAUCAGUAA